GGGCCGGGGUCCGCCGCUUCCGCCCGGGAGCCGCCGCCCCUCCCCGGCGCGCGCCAUCCGGCCGCAGGGCAGGAGCCCCGGGCGCAGCUCCUCCUCCCGCCGGGGGCUGCGGCGUCCCGCGUCCAGUCCCUCCCGGCCGAAGCCUGCAGCCCACGUCCAGGAAGGGCGGAGGGAAGAGGAAGAGGAGGAGGAGAAGAGGGAGGGGAGAAACGAAAAAGGGGAGGGAGGGAGGAAAGUGGGCAGGCAAGAGAAAGGGAGCAGCUCCAAGUCCUGGAUUUCCCAGAGCCAGCCAGGAGCGCGCACUCGUCGGCUCCCGGUCCCUGCGUCCCAACCGCGCCCCGCACCUCCUCUUCCUCUUCCUCCUCUUCCUCCUCCUCCUCGUCCUCCUCCCUGACCAACCCUCGCCGUCUCCUUCCAACAGCUCCCAGGCUCUGCCAGCGGCCGCCCCCAAACACUACUCGGCUACAUUCCCAACUCUUUGGACUCGCUUCUGGGACGCACGUCCUCGCCCCCCAUCCUUUUCUUUUCCUUCCUCCUUUGGCGCCCGCCCGUCCGCGCGCGCUCUCCAGGUCUCCCCGCCGGGGCCCGAUUGUCUCGGUCCGGGUCUCCGCCCGCGCCCAGCCCCGCAGCUCGCUCGCUUGCCCUUCCUGAGCCGCAGACUCGCCGCCGCUACCCCGGCUCCAGCGCCCCGCAGCCCGCGGCGCCCGCCCGCCCGAAGGAGCCCCGGCGCCCGGGGACAAGAGGGAGAAGUGGGCGAGCGCGCCCGCGCCCAGCCCCGCGCCCCAGCCCCGCGCCCCAGCCCUGCCCGGCGAGGAAGGACCGGGAAGAUGAACAACGGCGGCAAAGCCGAGAAGGAGAACUCCCCGAGCGAGGCCAAUCUCCAGGAGGAAGAGGUUCGGACUCUGUUUGUCAGUGGUCUUCCCCUUGACAUCAAACCUCGGGAGCUCUACCUGCUCUUCAGACCAUUUAAGGGCUACGAGGGUUCUCUUAUAAAACUCACAUCUAAGCAGCCUGUAGGUUUUGUCAGUUUUGACAGUCGCUCAGAAGCAGAAGCUGCAAAGAAUGCUUUGAAUGGCAUCCGCUUCGAUCCUGAAAUUCCGCAAACACUACGACUAGAGUUUGCUAAGGCAAACACGAAGAUGGCCAAGAACAAACUAGUAGGGACGCCAAACCCCAGUACUCCUCUGCCCAACACUGUACCUCAGUUCAUUGCCAGAGAGCCAUAUGAGCUCACAGUGCCUGCACUUUACCCCAGUAGCCCUGAAGUGUGGGCCCCGUACCCUCUGUACCCAGCGGAGUUAGCGCCUGCUCUACCUCCUCCUGCUUUCACCUAUCCCGCUUCACUGCAUGCCCAGGUUCCCAGCCCCCCACUUGGUGAGGGCACACUGUGCCCCUGGCCCGUUCUUUACCACCCGUCUCAGGAAGGCAGCUCCAACUCUACCCUUUGCUUAGUGAGCAAGUGGAUUCAGAUGCACAAAGCCAUAUACCACUGGUGCGCUGGCUCCCUCCCUCCGAAGCUACUUCUCAGGGCUGGAAGUCCCGUCAGUUCUGCUGAAUACUAGUUUCAGGCUUGAAAAACCUUGCCCAGUUUUGAGCCCUUCAAGACUUUGCCACAGCCUCUAUCACACAUCUGUUUUCCUUGAAGAAAAAAAAUAUAUAUAAUAAAAAUGUUUUACUCUUUUACACUGUAUAACUUUAAGAGAUAGUGUGUUGUUUGUGAAUGCAUGGUUCAACAUCUCUGUAUAGUUUGGAGUUAUUUUCAAACAAAACAGAAAAUAUGCCAACAAUAAAAUCAGAAAAGUGAAUAUUUUUAUACCAAACAUUUAAAUAUGACAAGGAUGGAUGAUCUUACACUGGGUUGGAUCACAAUUUGUGCUUGACUUUUGAAUGCUUGUAAUUAAAAAUAUCUAUUUUUUUCCUUUAAGAUAAGCUGCAUGUUUGAGGCAUGUUUUUAAAUACGAUAAAACUUGCAAUAUAAUAUUGUGAAUGUAUAGGAAAUCUGUUUGCCUGGCUUGAGUCCAGGGUGAAUUAGUAACGUGGCAUUAGAUGUUAGAAACAGAACCGUGCUGCUACAGUGCUAGACCCCUGCGAGACAAUCAAAGCUAGAGGAGUUUUACUGUAGUGGCCUGAUCACUACUGAGUCAAGACGCUUUUCAAGGGCAGGAAUUUCACUCCAAAGGUUACCAUAAAGUGUGUGCCAAGUGUUUUGCAUUUUUCUUUGUUUAUCUUUCUAUCAGCACACUCGUGUGUGUGUGUGUGUGUGUGUGUGUGUGUGUGUGUGUGUGUGUGUGUGUGUGUGUGUGUGUGUUAAUGUGUGAAAGAUACCACCUACUCAUGGAUGUAUAACUCUCCCAGUGCAAGUACAGAGUUUAUCUAAGAAGGGAAAACAAUGCCUGAGAGACCAACCAGCAAACUCAACCAGCAUUAACUAUAAUGGACAACUCAGACCCUCCAAGUGGUUUUUGUGAAAUUUCAGUGAAGCUGAGCUGGUGUUCCUGGGUCUUGGUAGCACUGUGCCAGUGGAAACCAGUCAACACUACCCCGAAUCCUGUGUACUCACUGAGGCACUGUUCACCGCACCAGCCCAGGGGGAAAUGGUGCAUCCAGGAGGAUGGGCAUUUGGAAUGAAUACUGUUCCUUUUGCUGGAAGAUUUCUCCAAAGCCAAAAAGUCAGUCUUAUCUCAUAAGCUGAAACAUUUCCAGAGCCUGUGGCAGCUUAGUCUCUCCCCUUGAUGAAGAGCUGUGUAUAAGGAUAUAGUGACCGAAGAGCUUUCAACUGCUGAUAAGAGCUAAGCGUGAUUACGGUCUCAACCUGCUCACUUUGUACUGAAGGUGUUAAAUGUUUUGAUGAUAAUGUGCUUGGUUUCAGGUUUGGUUGUUUCAUUAUUUUCCAUUAGAAAUAAAGAUGUGAAGAAACUUUUCAAGGUUUUCAGAGCGAUUGGGGAGACGCAGGAGGGCAGGGCCCUUAGCUUCUCAGUAAAGGAAAGGGCAAUUGCUGUAGCAUGGGGACAGCAUGUUCAUGCCCUGCUUAUGCCUCUGCGUCACCCAGCAUUUGGUGAGACUUCUGUAUUCUUGUUUCUAAGGAAAACAGCUACUUUCAGUAUAUUACGCUUUUAUAAGAUGUUUAAAGGUACUUUUUUUCUAUUGUCAUUUAUAAAAAUAAAGUGCUUGUUUCAGCUGUCA